AAAAAAAAGACUCCCAGAUAGAGAUGGUCAGAGGAGAAGUACUAAGCGCGUACAGGGCAUUGUUAAGAGCGACCCGGAAAUCAUUCGCGGGCGACGCCCUGAUGCUGAACGCCUCCGCCGUCGAAGUUCGCAAGAAAUUCGACGAGAAUCGUCACGUGACCUCGGAGCCAGAGAUCCAGAGACUCCUCGAGGAAGCACGUGAAGCAUCUCAUUUCAUUUCCACCAUGAUCGUUCAAGCCAAACUCAGCGACCGCGGUGGCUACGGUAUUUAUAUCAUCGUCAUCUUAUCACCGAUUCACCAUUUUCAUUGCAUCCCCAAUUUUAUAUCCAUUUCUCACAUGAAUUUAGCUAUGGUAUAUUUUGCUCUCAAUGAUUACCACAUGUUCGAUGGAUUGUCUGUUUGAGAGAUGAAGCCGAGUAAGGAGCAUGCAGGAGCUACACUGGAGAUCCCUUCCGAAGAGACGAUCAGAAAAUCUGCAUGACAGUCAAAACAAUAAACUUGGGCUUUUAACGACUACUCUAUUUGUUUGCUUCAGGCUCUCUGCUAAAGGAUAGAUUUAACCCUUUGCUUCUUCUGUUUAGGAUACUUGGCAGAAAAUUUUUUUUUCUGUUUCUUUGUUCAAGUCCAUCCAACCAUUUUAAUUGGUUGCUCAAAUUUUUAGGCAAAGUAAAACAAUUUAUGUAACAAAUUUUGCCUUGGUUUAGGAUGGUUUGUCUCAUUAAUAAGUUUCAGUCUUUGCUAAGUGACUGCGGAAACAAGAACAAGCUCUCUACUGCUUUAUCACUUAACGCUCUAUUUAGUGCUGCUUUAUUACUUGGGCUAUGCUUGAUAGCAAAGAAAAUAGAGGAAAAAAAAAACAGAAGAGAGCAACUUGCUUUCUCUCGUAGUGUUGGUUUGAUAAGAAAUCAAAAUGGUGAAAAAAAGUAUGGAUAAAGCUGUAAAUAAAAUUAUUAAUUUAAG